ACGGCUGCUUUUAGAUAUUGGCUACCAAAGACAAAGCUGGCAAAACCACUCAAAACCACUGUAUAUAGAUUUCUUUCUCCUUCUUCUCUCCCUGCGGGAAAAUAGCAAAAAAAAAAAGCAAGCAAAAAGACGAUGAAUCCGAUGAAUCCGUCAUCAUCUACAAAAAGAAGAAGAUGGAGCUGCAAAUCGAAACCAUCGCAAUGGUCCACCCUUGACUCAGAUGUACUGGAAGUCAUCACAAAGCGCUUGGAUGCCGAAACUCCCCUAGACAUCCAACGUCUACGCGCUGUUUGCAGAGGCUGGCGUUCCUCAAUCCCUCCACCAAACCCUCCACCCAGUUCCAACAACGACAACAUCAUCAAAAGUGCUAAGUUGCCUCUUGACGACCUUCCAUUUCGAAGCCUCAAAAACGUCAAAGGUAAAGAAGGCCACUUAUCACUCAAACAAACCACCGUCUACUGUCUCCAACCUUUGGUCAAGUUCCAAACUGGUCGAAACCCUAACAGUUCUAUAAGAAACUGGUUUGUCAAGAUCGAAGAGACUGAGUCUCCUGGGAAAGUUAUUCUCAAACACCCACUUUCCAGAAUGCCCAUCAAGACUUUUGGAAACAUCAACAGUCUUCCAAAGGCCGUUGACCUAUUGGAUUAUAGGGUUAGAGAGGUAGCCAAAGAAUAUCGUCUUCAAUAUGUACCAGGAGAAAGCCGACGACCUAGAGAUGUUGAUAAGUAUAACAAAAUCGUGGUGGGUCAGAAGGAAAAUGGUGACUUCAUGGUCAUGACUAUGUACGGCCGUGGAAAAUUGAUAGCUUGGAGAAUGGGAGAAGAUAAAUGGGUGAAAAUAGAUAAUGAGUUUUGUUGCAAAGACAUUGCUUAUCAUAAAGGGAAGUUUUACGCCGUGGAUGAAAAGAGAAGGCUUAUAACAGUUGAGUGUUCUUCCUUGGAGGUUACACAGGUUGUUCCUCCUACUUAUGGUGAGUUCGGAGAGCAACAAGCAUCUCCUCGCUCCACCUACUUGGUGAAGUCGCAGGAAGAUGAAUUGUUUUUGAUCAAUAAGUACGACUGUACUUUCUUGGACGUCUUCAAACUUGAUGAGGAAUCAGGCCAAUGGGACUUUAAUUGGCUGUGGUCAAGCGAUUGGGUGUUGUUUGUGGGAGAGAAUGGAUUCUCAUUCUCUGUUUCGGCUGAAAAAUUUGGUGGAUGCAAGGAAAACUGUAUCUAUUUUAGCGAUGAUUGCUUCAGCAGUGCUUGGGAUGAUUACCCCGUCUUCGAUGCUGACAAAUUUGACUUUCCCUACACUUUUUUGCCCCACAAAGAUUUUUCACCAUGUUCUAAACUUUUCUGGCCUCCUCCAACUUGGCUCAAGCAAAAACCAACUUGAAAUCAGUGUUACCGAGAAGAAUAUUGCACAUAUAUAUCGUAUGGAGACAGAAAGGUUUGCAAUUAUGUUUUUUACAAUAUAUACUUGUAACUUUGCUUUUCUAUGGAAACUACUUUUACAGGCGAUCAAAGGGAGAUUUGAGCCUAUGCAUAUGAUCUCAACUUCAAGGGGCACUAAUAAAUAUUUGCUUGUAUCACCAUGCGUUCAUGCUUCAUUUUGUGUAGUCUUAAUUGCACAGGCUCGUGAAAAGUAGUACCUCAUAAUAUAUAGAAUAAUGUUGUAUAAUCAAUAUAUUGUAUUUUCAAGAACUAGGAUCUUGUGCUUGUUUGUUGUUGUGCUUAUCUAUGUUUGUUUGCUUUUCAAUAACAAUCUCAAUGCUGCGUUUUCAAACAAUGGAUGAUAUCAGUUCGGUUGAAGUUUUGUUGCACAUUUUAUAUGAAAACUGA